AGGUAAUCAGCAUAUAAUCUCUGGUAAUCAGUGCAUUGAUUUGUUGUUGUCUAUAGUUUUGUAGCUGUAGGGUUUUUGACGGUGAACAGUGAACAGCCAGUGCCGACAUACCAACGAAAUCAUAUGGUGUUCAUAAGUAUUAAAUCAUCGUUAAAAGCAGAAGACAAUUACUCCGAAAUGUAAUGGUUGUGUUGUUUUUGUUGUUGUUGUUGCUAUAGUUUAUACAAACGUAUGCACUUAUAUUUGUGCUAGCGAGCGAAAGAGGAAAGCAAAACGGAGACGAGGAGAGACUCCCACUUAAUGAUAAAUCGUUUUGAGCAUUUACUUUUGAGCUAUACGACUGGAAUGUUAAUAGUAAUUUAUUAUCAUCCCCAUCUCACUUUGUACAAUUUAGUGAAUAAAUAAAGUGAAACAACAGUCGAUCUCAGCUUGAUACCAACAAAUUAAACUUGCAGAGUUUAAUAACAGAGAGAACCACUAAGAAAGAGACAUGUUUUUCUGACAUUGUUAACCUCAAUAGAAUCGUGGUUUUAUUCUGUUUUAUUAUUUAUCGGUUUGAAAGAUAUCAAUUAUUGUAGACAAUGGCAAAUUUCCUUGAAAACCAAGAGGAUGUGCAGCUUAGUAUCCCAUCUUACGAGACCACAGAUAAUGUCACUUACUAUCUAGUUGAGGUCACAAUUGGUACUGUCAAAUGGAGUGUCAAGCACAGGUACAGUGAAUUUGCUGAACUUCACGACACUCUGGUUACCGAUCAUUGCGUUGAAAAAGACAUAUUGCCUCCGAAAAAAUUCAUCGGCAACAAAUCAGAAGCUUUCGUGGAGAAAAGACGCUUGGGACUUGAAAUUUAUUUGAAUUCAGUAUACAAUUACUUGAAAAAAAUCAUGCCCAGACCGCUAGCUAUUUUCUUGGAGUUUCACGUCUACGAGAUAUUUUUUUUGUUGCAAAACUUGGCGUGCAAAUUUUUCACCGAGGGAGAUCUUUUGCUCCCGAAAUGUAAUUUUUUCACCUACAGUGUUGUACAGUUAUACGCUGUGAGUCACAGACUAAAACAACCUCGGCCACCUUUGGAAAUAACAGAUAAAAAGUACGACUUCAGUCACGUACUGGACUACAAUGCACACUUGAAGAAUCUUGUUGUCACGGGGAGCAACGCAGCUUACGGCACAAGUAACAUCACCCCAUCCGCUUUGAGCAUAGAUCUGUCGAGUUUCAAAAACGUGGAAGAAUUCGAGGUGAACAGUUACCCAAUGGACAAAAUAUACAACAUGGGUAAUCUCCGGGACACGGUGAAAACGCUGAAAGUGCACGACUCGAAGCUGAAAAACAUGACGGAGCUAACGAUGUGCGAGGAAGUUCACAAGCACAUAAGCUCGGCCAACGAUUCUCACGUGUGGUUGAAGGUCACGACGCUGGAUUUGAGCAACAAUCAGAUCGAGGUGAUCGACGAAGCCAUCAAACUACUGCCCAACAUCGAAACCCUGGUACUGAACAACAACCGGCUGAACGAGAUAUCCAACGUGACGUUGCUGCCGCGACUGUCGCAGCUGCACUUGGCGUCCAACAGUUUCAGCUCGUUGCCGGAAAAUCUGCACGCGAAGCUCGGCAAGAUCGUGUACAUCGACCUGUCGGGCAACCAACUGACGUCCCUCGUGAGCUUCGCGAAACUGUACUGCCUCGAAGGUUUGGACCUCAGUUGCAACAGGAUCGAGGACAUCGAGGAAGUCAAGCACAUCGGCAAUCUCCCCUGCUUAGAAAACCUCCGGCUGACGGGCAACCCGGUAUCUACCAUCGUCGACUACCGGGUCAAAGUGUUGGAGCCCUUCGGCAGGCGGGCCGCCGACAUUUACCUCGACAACGAAAAACCUAAUCAAAAGGAGCUGGACACUGUUUCGGUUUUUCAAGCAUUGCGGAUCGCGAGGGAGGGCAAGUCUCCCACCUACAGUACGACCGACGCUCCGUUGUUCUCGGCCGAGGUACCCACUGUUUAGUCUGCCGUUUGCGUUUUACGACCAGGUAUACAAAUAUAAUAUUGAUUUGAAUGCGUUUCCAAAAAAUAAUUACAUGACUCUACCUGAAACUUAUAUUUGUAAAUACAUUAUCUUUUGACGAUUUUGCGGUUCAUCUCGCAUGAUAAUGUAAUUUUGAUCUGUCUUUGACAUUAGCGAUUAAUCAUGAGGUAUUUGUAUGAUAUUUAUACCAAGGAAGAGCAAAUUAAAUUUUAUUGACUUUUCACUGUGGAUGAGAGUCGUGUUUCGUGAUCGUAAUGACGAUCAUAACAUUGAAUACGUUUUUACAGUUGUAUAUAACAAUCAUAUAUUAAAUGUUUUGAGAUAUUUUGUUAAAUAAACAAUGAU